CUUAACUUCCACAAAAUCAAACUUCUCUUCACAAUUGCCACAUUGAAUAUAUUUUUUAAAAGAUACAGUAAAAAAUUGAGUAUUUAUUAAGAUGAAUACCGAGGACUUGGUGGACUUCACCGAGUUGAUUAGUUGCAAGAGCCGAUGCGAGGAACUAGCUCUGCCCAAUGUGCAACACAUCAAGGAUAUACGCGAGUUCAUGUCCGAUCCAGAAAACUUUAACGGCGAUAUUGAUGAGUUGACUGGUCGCCUAAAUGCAAAAGCAGAGCAAUGCCACAAUGUACUACAGACCUUGAAGGAAAGGCUGCAAACAAAAACGGUGUCUUUACAAAAGGUUAAGGAGGAUAUUUUUGAAUUAAGUGCGGAGAUUAAAAAGCCUAACAAUCGAUUUGUGAUGAGCAAUGAGAAAAUACAAAUUCGUUUCUUAGACGAAACUGAGACCAAGGAAUAUGAGGCGAUCGAGGCUAUGGAUCGUUAUGGUAUCAAGAUGAGCUCCCUUUUUAGCGAAAUCCUGGCUUUGGAUAGCGAUGUUGAUUGUGUGACCUAUUUGGAGGGAGUUUCCCGAAUCAAUAUAGAGUAUGUAAAGGACUGGUAUAAAAGUGAGAUUCAAAAUAAGAAUGAUGAAGUCCCACCAAAUCAUUAAUUCACCCGAGAGACCGAAUAGUUUUGAAGCUUUUCAAGCCAAAUUUGUAUCAGUUUGUUAAACCAUUCACAAUCUUUAAGCCAUCCCCAGUGAAUAAACACAAAAGCAAGUUUACUGUUUAA